GCGGGCGCAGCGGCCGAUCAGCUGUUCCGAAGCUGCACAACAACAAAAGGAACGAGACGGGCCGGCGGCGGCGGCGGCCAGUGGCGCGGCCACAGGAGGGCUGGACCGGCCCCGCGCCCCGAGCCCCGCGCCCGCCGUCCGGGAGCCGCAGCUACCUCAGCCGCCCCGCGCCGCCAGCGCACCGGUUCCCGCCGGUCCCCGCCGAGCCGGGCGCCCGCUGCCUUCGCCGCCCGUCCGGCUGCCGGUCGGGCCCACGGAUAAUGACUCUUCUUGCUUCUCGCCUAAGUUGAAUAAGCAACUUGUGCACUUUAAUCCCUUGUCAGUGCCAUCAGGCUGACAGAAGACAGGUUUUUGAAAUCUCAGCUAUAAAGACAUACAGCCAAAGUCUCGAUCUUGCCUUAACAAUGUUUCAGAGACUGAAUAAAAUGUUUGUGGGUGAAGGCAAUACUUCUUCCAACCAAGAACCAGAAUUUAGUGAGAAAGAAGAUGAUGAAUGGAUUCUUGUUGACUUCAUAGACACUUGCACUGGUUUCUCAGCAGCCGAAGACGAGGAAGAAGAAGACAUCAGUGAAGAGUCACCUUCCGAGCACCCUUCAGUCUUUUCCUGUUUACCCGCGUCUCUUGAGUGCUUAACUGAUCCAAGCGAUUCCUGCUUCCUCCAGUUUGAGUCCUGUCCCAUGGAGGAGAGCUGGUUUAUCACCCCUCCCCCAUGUUUUACUGCAGGUGGAUUAACCACUAUCAAGGUGGAAACCAGUCCUAUGGAAAACCUUCUUAUCGAACACCCCAGCAUGUCUGUCUAUGCUGUGCAUAACCCCUGCCCCAGCCUCAGUGAGGCCCACUGUGGGACUGAGGAAUUUCAUAACCCAAGCAGUCCCAGAGUGGAAGCUCAGAAUGAAAUGGGGCAGCACAUUCAUUGCUAUGUUGCAGCUCUCGCUGCUCAUACAGCUUUUCUGGAGCAACCCAAGAGCUUUCGCCCUUCCCAGUGGAUAAAAGAACACAGUGAAAGACAGUCUCUGAACAGAAAUAGCCUUCGUCGCCAAAAUCUUACCAGGGAUUGCCACUCUCGGCAAAUCAAGCACAAUGGCUGGGCUGUCCAUCAGCCCUGCCCACGUCAGUACAAUUACUAAGAAUUUCAAGUGUGUUUGGUUGGUUUCUCUUGGUUUGUGCAUAUGUGUGUGCAUGUGUGUGUAUGGAUGAUGAAUAUGCUGUCUCUUUACAGACAACUGAUGACCAAUCACAGUUUUAUCGGUAUGUUUAGACACUAUCUUGAAGACCAGAUUUACAUGCUGUGUAUCCCGUAAUGCCUUGCUCUUAACAUUUACUUUGUUGUAAAUUUUUUCAGAAUAUUUUUGGAAACAUAUCAAUACAAUUACAGUGUUUAGUGUUUGGGGAUGUCUUUAAAUCUAUUGAGGUGUACACAAGUUAGCAAUUUAAAGACAUUUCUUCCCAAGUACGAGAAUAGGCAUCUUUCAAUUUCAUUUUAUUUGGUAUUAAUCAAUCUUUUGAGUAAGCAGAAAUUUAUUCUCAGGGUCAGCCAUACACUUUAUUGACCAGUACUUGAUAUUCUUUUCUGUAUAUGGCGAAUACAUUUUUAUACACUAACAUGAGCAUUAACAAGUGAUGUGGUUGCCACAGAUAUAAUGGAAUUAUGGCUGAACUUUCUUUUGGAAGAAAACUUGAUAUAUUUCUGUGUGUGUGGGUUUUUUAUUUCCCAGAUUAGCCGUACAGUUCAUUUCGGAAUUCAGGUACAUUAAGUGUUCGUGAACAGUACAUUCAGUAACUCCGACGUGACUGUGUGACAUGGUACAGACAUUACAGGCAUCGUGGGACAACAGCACUCGUCUCACAUGCAGAGGGAUUAAAUUCGACCUGUGAAAUUAUAUUUGGAAAAAUGUGUGUCCAUAACUAACCCAUUGGUCUACUGUUGAAGUUGUUUGGAUUCUUUCCUGCCAGCUCUGCCUACUCGCCACCUCACAUCACCUGUAAAUUCAGAAGUACUUGUCGUGGCACUUGAGUGACUUCCUAUUUAUAUGUGCCCAAGGGAAGAGAGAGGCUUUAUAUUUCUGAUGCAGUGAUAGAUCCUCUGCCACGGAGACUGUCCUGCCGAGUGGCAAGCAAGGGUGACGGGGAUCCCUGGUGACAUCUCUUCAUAGCAUCUAAAUGAAGGGUGACAGGUUGGCUUCCUUGAGUUUUCAUAUUUUUGUUUUAACUCGGGCUUCGGGCAAAAUCUUUAACCGCUUUGGCCUCUGUUUCCUCCACCAGUGGGGGAGCAGUGGUACGUACCACCCUCACAGUUGUUGGGAGGACUGUAUACUGAUUUGAAGUGGGGCUGCCGAGAACUGAUCCUUGCGUGAAAUUCCAGGGGCCUCUCUGCCGAGUCUGGUGGUGGGAGUGGGGCUGUGGCAACUCCUCUGCCACAGCUGCUCCUCAGAGGCGAUGCUGAUGAGGCCAGGGCAGGGCUCUGUUCACACAGAGUCCAGUUAACUCAGCACAGAGGAAAUCGAUUUCCUUACCUCUAGCCACUCUAUUUUUUAGCAGCUGUAAUGGGUUUUGCUGAGCCAUCUGCACUCUGACCAGCUUCCUCUGAAAUUAAGUUAAACGUAUUUACAAUCCAAAGCACAUUCUGCAUAGACAGAGCAGUACUAUCACCUUCAUAAUCAAAUAGCUUAUUUUUCCAUCUCCUCUGCAACCCUAAUUAAAUAAGUACACGGCUAUACAGUGUUGUCAAGGGAAAAAGCAGCAUAUAGUUAUAUGAAGUAUUAGUAUAUACUUCAGUAACCCUGUAGCAGUUGGAUGCAGGGAACCAUGGGAGACUUUUUUUAAGCGAAGAGCUGGGCUCUUUUCUGACUAGUCUGGGGUAUGUGGAGUCAGAAGAGGUUCAGAUAGCUUAGUUAGAUGGUGGUGGUACGUUGUUCGUCCACUGGCUGUGCCGAAGGGCCAGGAAUGUCUCUUUAGAACAAGAGUCUAGAUCCCCCUUCUCUCCUUAGUCCCCUUCCAUUUCAGCUACCCCUUUAUUUAUUUGUUUUCUAAUAAGAGGCCAAGUCUGUAAACUUUUGUCAAACUGAGCUAGAAGUUAUUUUGUUACUAUUUGUGUUUACCAGAGUUGGGAGAUAAGGUAGAGUUUUCAUGAAGGUGUGUAUGUUUUCUACCAUGACUGUUAAAGGGCUGUAUGUUGCUAACUUGAGCAUAGAUGUAAGCCUCUGAAUACAUGGGGGUCUCUUUUUUCAUAUAUUAAAUGCAAGUUGUUAGUACCUCACGAGUUAAAGAAGUUCAGCCAUGAGAAUUUGUUGGGCAGCAUGAACAGAUUUGUAUAUAAAACUGCAAUGGUCUUUUUUUACUAUUAUUUUUUCAGAUUUCCUAAUACCUUAAAUACAUUUACAUCUCUAUCAGUUAUUGACUUUUUGUUUGCCUUAUUUGGGCCAAGUUUUUUAUGCUUUGUACCUGGAAAACAAAUGAUUUCAGUCUUUGCGAUGUUUUUUCAGUGUAAGGGUUACCACACACCAUCCGUGAUAUCAUACUGUCGUUUCUGUAUCAGUAUCUAAGGUUUCUGUCUAAAAUUGGCACAUGUAAGCAUUAAAGAAAGUGGUUAUAUAAUGCAGUUGAAGUUCUUGGUCAUUAGAUGUUUGUUAGGGAUCUACUAUGUGCGAGACAUAAGACCAAUAAUAACAGAGAGUGAUGUUGACCUGUUAAGUAUUCUUUGAAACAUGGCUGACAUGCAGCUUAUUAUAAGUUUAUUAUUUUUGCUAUUGUAAAUAUUAGUGGUUUACAAUGUGCUUUAGUGCAUAUUCCUUAAAAAUUCAAGCAGUGAGAAAUAAGACCCCUUUGAAUUUAGCACUCUGUUUCUAAACUGAUAAUAUAGAAUGUUACUUGGAAAAAGUCUGGAAUAUGUGGUGCACACAGCAGUGUUUCAUGAAUGAGUUUCUUAGUUUUUAUAAUGCACCAUGUUUCUCAAAGUUUGUGUUUUUUGUUAAUAAAACAUUUUAUAAUGUAUAUCCUAUGUUUAUUACUUUUUCUUCUUCACUUAGUUUGAUUAUGUACUGCACCGUAAGUUGAAGAUUAACCACCCGUUAUUUAUCUUCUGUGGCAAUUUAUAAUAUAUGUUUGGGUGGGUGGGGAAUUUUUUGCAGAAGGUGCAAAGUGAUUGGAUUUUUUACUUACUGUUCCAGGGAGCUUUUUUAACAUUCAUUUCCUGUGCAUGUUUUCAGUUCCCAUGCAAACUGUUCCUGUUUACAUACCU